ACGUUGACAAGGCUGAGUGCGGUGUAAUGUUGAAAAAUCUCUCAAGAACAAAUCUAGGUUGCCUGCCUUAGAUAUUUUACAUUUUAAGACAGAUUAAUUUGAGAAAAAGGAAGUAUCAUUCUUUUAUGGGCCAAAUGUGAUGCUUUUGAUAAGAGAGAGGGAAAAUUACAUUCUAAUGCCUUUGAGUGAUCUAAACUACAAAAUACGUACACAAUAUAUAGAUUGUGUAUACUUGUAUUCUAAAAAUACAUAUAAUACACAUAUCUAUACAUAACCAAAGUAUAUGUUGUGUAUUCUUUCAGUCAUUUUUGUACAUAUUCUAUGGAAAAGACUACAGUUGUGGUGUUAUUGAGAUUUGCAUGCAGCUCUGACUAAAAACAAAAUAAGUGUCUCAAUUGAGAAACCUCCAAUACAUACAAAGAAAUCUAUUGUCCAAGUUUCACUUUAGUUGCAAAUGGCAAGACAAGAGGCUCAUUUGCAGGCCUUGGCCACAACAAAUACUGUGAAAAUGACUUGUAUUAAGAGUUGCACCACCAAAACCAUUUGAAUAUUCACUUUUAAAACAUACACAGAAAAAAAAGGUCAAUGAAAUAACAAAACCAAGAAACAAUGCAGGCCUUAACCUCAUUAUAUCAGUGUACUCAUCCACAUUGAUAUGACUCAAAUUCUUUCUGACAUUUCAUUCAUCCAAUUCAAGGGAAGUCAAGUGAAAAUACUUCUAAACUAUUGAGUGAAAUAGAUUGAAAGGUAAUACAAGAAAUGGGGAAGGCAAGCAAAUGGAUCAGAAACUUCCUAAUGGUGAUGGGGAAAAAGGAGGAAAGGGAAAAGAAAGAAUAUAAAUCAAUAGAAAGUGUGGGAAUCCCAACAACUCCAAAGGCGAAAAGGAGAUGGAGUUUCAAGAAAUCAUCAAGCAUGGAGAGAAACAGCCAUAAGAGUAAUAGAUCAUUCGACUUAACUUUUGAUCACCAACUAAACACACAAGGUUCAAUGCUGGAGUUAGACAUUCUGGAGAAACUCCACAAAGCAAGCCUAACAGCAAAAGGAGCUAUAGAACCAAAGGCAUACACUACCAGACGUGUUAAGGAUGCAGCUGCCACCAAAAUCCAAGCUGUUUUCCGUUCUUAUUUGGCUAGGAAAGCAUUGCGCACCCUAAGAAGCCUGGUUAGAUUACAGGCACUGGUAAGGGGUCACCUAGUGAGGAAACAGACAGCAGCAAUGGUGAGACGCAUGCACUCUCUUAUGGUCAUUCAACUAAGGGCUCGUGUUCAAAGAGUUCAGAUGACCGAAGAAGCACAUACACCAAACUCAAGAAAGAGUCAGAAAGUAUCAUCUGGGAACAAUCAACUUACCAGAGCCUGCAGAAUUGAAAAGAUGGAUGUUAGCAUUCAAGAAAAAGGGAGAGUUCAGAAGAAUAAUAGCACGAAAAACAGAUCUGCUGGAAUGGAAAAUGGAUUGAGCACCUCUGAGGCUCGUCGUUUUUCAGUGUCAAGGAGGAGUCAUCAAGUACUUCAGACAUGUCCAAGUCCCUCUACACUGAGUGAUAUGAGCACAAUAAGUUAUGACAGGCAUAUAGAGGAUUUUUCCUUCAAGACACCAGAAAAAGGUUUUGAACAUUGCUCUAAUGUGUCAACAACCACAUCUUCCAAAACCCCAUUUUCCAUUCCACACUCAGAAAAUCCGAACUCCAUUUUUUCUAGUGCUACUUUAGCACUAACAUACAUGUCCAAUACAGAAUCCUCAAGAGCAAAAGCUAGGUCACAUAGUGAACCCAGACAACGACCCAAUUGGAGCAUUAUAAGAAAAAGCAAGCGCACACCAUCAAUGGAUGGGAUAACAGGCAUACCUGACUCUAGAAGGGAAGAAACACCUAUCCACAGCAGGAGACACAAUGUCCCAGAAAGCCAUGAAGCCUGGUUACUUAAGCUUUACAAACAAGCAAAGUCCAUCAAGCAUGUCAAGGUUGAUUCCGCCAGCAUAUUGUCUACCAUUUGACUUCUGGAAGAUCUCUCACUGUCUGAAAGGUAAGAGUGACUAGCACAUGAAAUUUACAGCUGUUUAUUGCUCUCUCUCAGCCAUUUACAUCAGCUCCUCUGAGCACGUACUGGUUCCAUCUUGGUCACUCAAACUCCAUUUUCCUUAAAAUAUCUCUAUUAUUAGAGAAGCCAAGUGCACAAGGAGAACUGCAACCUGACAC